UGAUAAGAUAUUAAACUGAGCAUGCCAUAUUCGAAUAUAUAGCACUUGUAAGUUCAUUGAGUGUGCUACAGUAGUACGAAGCCCAACACUGGAGUUACACAAUAAAAAACCAGAAGAAAUAGGGAAUUUAAGUGAGCGUCACAUCUAUAAUUCAUUGAAGAUCAAAAUAAUCCAACGGCAUGGCGAACGAAGGAAUGCAACAACUAAUCCACAUGAUGAACAAGCUCCAAGACGCAGUCUCACAAGCUGGAUCAAAAAUUUUCAACGUAGAUCUACCUCAAAUAGUUGUCGUCGGAGGACAGAGUGCGGGUAAAAGCAGCGUCUUGGAAAAUUUUGUCGGAAAAGAAUUUCUACCCCGAGGAUCCGGUAUUGUUACAAGACGACCACUGAUUGUUCAGUUAUUUCAUCAUCCAUCCAUGGAGUAUGCUGAAUUUUUGCAUCAGCCCAACAAAAUAUAUAAAGAUUUCGAGAAAGUACGAGAAGAAAUAGAAGCAGAAACUGAUCGGGAGACAGGAACUAAUAAAAACGUCUCAUCUAAGCCAAUCAACCUGCGGAUUUACUCUCCUCACGGUACGCAUUUUUUUUUACAUACGAGCUAAUAAGUCAGGAACUAA